GCCGAUAAGGUGGGGUCACACAAAGAGCUAUACUUUACAUGGUAGGUCGAUAUAUACGGUGAGCUAAUUUCGUAGAAUAGACUGGUCCUAAUGGGUAGGAGGCAUUGAGCCAGUUGAGACACGAGGCUGUUUUUUUGAGUUAACUAGCAUGAUCCUGGGUAGAUGGCUUUUUUUGGGCAGAUGGAUUUUCUGGUGUAGAGUUGGUUGUUCUCAGCGUCCCGUAUUACACCAAGAUAUCCGACAGCCGAGUUGCUUUGACCUCGGAAUUAAUAAGACUGUGCAGUUCAAGAUAGUCCCUUCCAGUUUAAGGUUAGGCUAUGCAUGCACUAGAUCCGAAACACUGUUGCCAAACUUAGAUGCCCUUUGCCAGACUAAACUCCAGGGUACCGUUGAGGCUUCUAAAGAUACUAAUCAAAUAAUAGCAGUAAAUAAAAUCAAACAUAAUCCAAGGACCGUUGGUUACUAUGUCGAUCAUCCCAAGCGUGUCAACACGAGGGGGAAUACCAGUAACCAUAUAUUCGGCGAAGCACAUUUGAUAAUGACCGUCACUGGAUAGGCACACACUACAUUAGUCCUCACAUUUUUUAUAAAGCGGGAUGGUCCUUAAAAUCUCUAUGAAGCGAAAUAUGGAUUGACAUCCAAACCACCUGUAUGCUCAAAAAACAAUCAGAAAUCAACCACUCU